AUGACGACGAUUGAGGAGAUGUUGGCCGAGAUUCUGGCAAAGCUGGAGGAGAUGAACGCUCAUUGGCAUAGCCCUGCUGGGCAGUCGCCGUCGCCUUCGUCACCUCCCUCUACCUCCAUCUUCACCGCCGACGCCGGCUCCUCCUCCCCGUGCUCCGCCUCCUCGCCUUCCUCCGCGUCGCCUAGAUCUGCGCGCAUGGCGGCCUCCGAGUACUCCCUCCUCGCCAUCUCCGACUCGGAGACAGAGGCCGAGCCUGCCGCCACCUCGCUCAUCCCUUCACCGACCUCGGCACCACCGCAGGACACGGAUCACGACUUCCAUCAUACUGCCAUGGUUGCGAGAUACUGCUGCCUGUUUGGUUUCCAUAUUCAGUCAUUCAGAUCACUGCCAUGGCCUCCAUGGGUGUUUGCAAGGGUGUUCAGGACUUGGGUUCUUUUGGUCUCAUCACUGUCACUUUUGCGCCCUCCAGAUACAUCCAGUUCUAGUAACAAGUCAUGCAUGGACAGCUGUUGCCUACUCACCUUUGAUCCUGGCAUCAUGUUAUUAUCUACUAGCGUAGUCAUAUCUAUGAGAUUGCUUGACAGCAGAAAGGAUAUUUUGAGUGGGCCUUGUGCAUUGCUUCUGAAGGCGUCAGCUUCCUCGGCUACUACUUUUGACCAAGAUGCCAACCUCGACAUCCCAGUUGCACUACCGGCACAACAUGUUAUGUGUUUACUGUCUGCUCUCAGCCUAUGUGAUAAUAAUCAGAAAUAUAUGAUCGCUGACCAAACUAUGGCUGCAUUUCUGCCCGAGAAGGAGCAGUCCAGAGGCAUUCUAGCACUUCCGAAGUCUAGAGAGGAGUUCUUUACUAAUGUUGAGCUUGACAUGCUGAGUACCUCCAAGUGCUUAAUGCAACACUAUGUCAGAUAUUUUUGGAGCAAACACCAGAUAAGUUUCCUUGAUCUAACUCCAUAUAUGGUUUGGGCAUCACUUCUGAACCUUGCUAGUACCCCAUCAGAGAACACAGUGCUAUCACUUGUGCAACUGCUUGGAGUUAUGCCCAACUAUAUCUUGAAUCUGGCAGGGGAUUGUUUUGCUUGUAUGAGAGCUAUGGGUUGCACUGAGGCAGUAUAUGCACUUAAGAAGGUGUAUUCAAUUUAUACAUCUUGUGAAAGUAGUACCCCUUCAGUGCUGGUGAUUCAAGCAUCAAUUUCAAUCAUCCCAAUUGCAGCUGCUCCACAUCUGUACAUGCAGCAUACAGUGUGUUGGCUAUCUGCUCUCAAUCUGAGCGAUACCAGUCAGCAGUUAAUGAUCACUCUGGCCAUUUCCCUACAAUCAACAACUGCCUGUUCUGCGUUCCACUACUUCAGCAUCAGACCUGUUCUAUCUGUUGGCAUGGAUAAAUUGUGUUUCUGCACCAGCAUCUGUGCUGCACAUGAAAUGUUUGAGAUGGGAAAAACAUGGAUUAUGGCAAAACUUGCUAUGAAAAGAGAAUCUGAAUACACCUGGUGCUCACUUCUACAGCCCACAAAGUAUCUAACAGCAUCAAACAGUGUAGUACUGGAAAGUCCAUGGGAUCCUGGUGCUUCAGAACUAAUUGAGGAUGUCACUGCAACGGCUUGGGGACAAGCCGUGUUUCAAGGAAGGGGGAAUGCCAUAUACCUAGCUAUUGUUACACCGAAGAAGAGGAUGUCAGUGAAUAUUGAAGUUGGGUUCUACGAAGAUUCUCAUCAAGAUGCCCUCCAUCUGCCCAUCCCCAACACCUCGUCCCUAUUGAUUGCAGCUGAUCAGAUGAUAGCCAGGGUAGAGCACAUGCACACGAGGGUGUUUCUUCAUCGUGAUAUCAAGCCAGACAACUUUUAUUGUGGCUGGUUUAUAGCUCAGUUAGCCAUGAAAAACGACGAUGAGAUUCUCACAAUCCCAUGA